AAUCUUCUAGUAACCAAAGUCCAAAGGCUAUUCUGAACCGAAGUCCUCCCACACCAAAACUUCGAGGCCCCCGUCGCGGCACCCUCCUCCGCCGCCGGAUCUCCACCGGAGUACGGCGCCGGCCACCCCCUCCUCCCCCGGAUCUUCACCGCCGUGGAGCGGUACAGGUGAAGUACUGAGGUGAUGACUACAUCAGAGUCAGUACAAGAAACCUUGGGAUUGGAUUUCCCUCAUCCUAGCAAACCUCGGGUCCUCCUUGCUGCCUCUGGAAGCGUCGCUGCUAUAAAAUUUGAGAGCCUUUGCCGUAGCUUCUCGGAAUGGGCAGAAGUCAGAGCCGUCGCCACCAAGGCUUCAUUACAUUUUAUUGAUAGAACGUCUCUGCCUAGCAAUAUUAUUCUUUACACUGAUGAUGAUGAAUGGUCUACCUGGAAGAAGAUAGGGGAUGAAGUUUUGCACAUUGAACUGCGAAAAUGGGCAGAUAUCAUGGUGAUUGCGCCAUUAUCAGCUAAUACCCUAGCUAAGAUUGCUGGUGGUUUAUGUGACAACCUCUUGACAUGCAUAGUGAGAGCAUGGGACUACAGCAAACCACUCUUUGUUGCCCCAGCUAUGAACACCUUCAUGUGGAACAACCCGUUCACCAGUCGUCAUCUUGAGACAAUCAACCUGCUAGGUAUAUCUUUGGUCCCUCCCAUUACCAAAAGGCUGGCCUGUGGUGAUUAUGGUAAUGGUGCAAUGGCUGAGCCUUCUGUGAUCGAUUCCACCGUCAGGCUUGCUUGCAAGAGACAGCCACUUAAUACAAAUAGUUCACCUGUGGUUCCUGCCGGCAGAAACCUCCCAUCUAGCUGAUGCGGCAACUAUUCUGUUCAAGAUUAAACUCUGGACCUAGUUUUCUAUGGUAAAGAGUACUUCGUGUCACAAAAUGAAAUGUUAAGUGAUGUCUAUGUCGGCCAACAUAGCACCUUUAUUGGCCAGUUGUUGUACUACUAUUAGUGAUAUGGUAGGACGUGGAGAUUGGAGAAAGGCUAUUGUCCCAGCACUUUAAUGUUGCUUUUCCAAAUUUCUUGUGACAUAAUGCUAAGGUGCUGAUGAAUAUGUUCAUGUUGUAGCACUAUUUUUUUCUGCAAAUGUUUGCAAAGACUCGUGAUGGAAUCAAAAUGUAGCAGGUUGUUCUUUCA